UCGACGGUGGAGCACACAGGAGUUACGAUGAGCAGCGGGAUGUCAUCCCGUGAACGACGAGCUGCCCGUGACGUGGUUGGCUCUCGCAUGAAGAUGUAUGAGUCUGCGACCAAGGUGACGCUUGAUCCGACGCAGCCGUGGAUGGUCCGUGCAGAUGGUCACAGCUUCUCCAAGUUUACCAAGGGUCUGGUCAAGCCGUUUGACUCGCGGCUGUCAGCGGUGAUGGUGGCGACCAUGCUCGACACGGUGGCCAAGUUCAACGCCCUCACAGGAUACACACACUCGGACGAGAUCACUCUGGUCUUUGGACCGGCCGACGUCGAAGCCGGGCAGACGCUGGCGUACAACGGAAAGGUAUCGAAGAUCGUCUCGCUUGUCGCCGCGUACAUCUCUGUCCGGUUCAACGCACACAUGCUCGCCUACGACUGGUCCGAUCUGAGCGAAACCACCCGAGUCGGGAUCCUUGCCUGCGAGGCGCACUUUGAUGCCCGCGCCUUCUCGGUUCCACACGCUGCCGAGGCGUGGGCCAAUCUGUUGUGGCGAUCGAACCACGACUGCCGCCGGAACUCGGUCUCGAUGCUCGCGCGGGUCUACUACUCGGCCAAGCAGCUGCACGGCAUAUCAACCCGCGACGUCCUCGCCAUGCUCGAGGAUGAGCACGGAGUGGCGUGGGAGGCCCAGCCGCGGUUCUUCACCCGCGGUACCGUGGCCAAGAAGGAGCUAUACGACAUGGCCGCCAUCGAUCGCAAGACCGGCGAGGCCGUCGUCGCCAAGCGCUCGCGCUUUGUCGCCCGCGCCUUUCCGCUCAGUGAUGACUCGUCUGCCGCCAUGGCCGAUCUUGUCCUCGCCAAGUACUGGCCUGACGACUUUGAUCCACAGCGCGCCACCGUUGUCGACGCUGCCUCCAUCGCCGCCUCGGGCUUUGUCCCUGCCUGAUGGCGUUGCAUAGUAAAGGCCAGCACACUUCUC